UGGUAGCCAUUGUGAAAUUGUUUGGUUAGGUUUUGUUUCCUCCAACAUUAAUUUUUACCGGAAUGAGUUGAUCUUUAUAUAUUAACACAUAUAUUAUUUUCGAAAACCUUGAAUAUAUAAAUAAUCCUACAUAUAAUUCUAUCAUUCAUGUAAAUGAUAGUUUGGAGUUGGAUUUAGUGUGGUAAAUAAUUUGGCGAAAACAUGUUCAGCUCGGACAGCGAGGAUGACACAUUCGGUCGCGUGGCCCCGCAACGCAACAAGAAGCGCCCCCCGGCUCAGAAACUGGGCAAACGGCGACGUGCCGGUGGCGGGGAGGGGGCGAGCUCCGAGGGAGACAGCUCCGACGCGACGGAGAUCGUCGAGGAGUCGGGGACACUGCGCACGCCCAACAUUUCGGCGGUCACUCCAAAUGUGUCCAUGUCAGGUGGCAAUAUGAGCGCUCACCCGGCUUUCAACGGAAGUGACGCGGCCGCGCAUAGCACUCCAGAGCUGUAUUAUCGCGAUGAGCUGAAGGAGGCCAAACAGAAGAAGAGGUCGUUCUUGGCCGAUACACUCGCCCAGGUGUCCAGUGUUAUUAACGACGACCAGGAAGAGGCAUGGCAGCUGGCACAGGAAAGCCACCAGUCUACAUCAGCUGUUGCGGUGGCCGACUCCCUACAGAAGCAGCAGCAGCCCUAUGAGAUAGCCGGCGCCUGCUUCGAUAUCAAGCUCACCAGCGAACAGCUCUCCGAACACCUCGCCAACUGUAUUCAGCUCAAUGCCGCCAAUAAAAUCAACAAAAACAAUGCUUUCAAUCUGCAGUUGAUCGACUACAUGUUUGUUUUGCUGAGAAGAAACGACAAAUCAAUGCAAGAUUUUCCAACAAUGAGCUGCAGCCUGGACGCGAGCACACGGAUUUACGCGUGUCGUGUGGACAGCGUGCACGCGGGCAUAAUGGAGAUCGUGAGUGGGUUGUCGCGUGCACACGACAAGGGCAAGAAGAAGUCGGCCAAGGAUGGCGGGGAGGGUAGUGGUGAAGAGGGGGGUUCGGACGGAGAGGGCGGAGGCAACGAGCACCAGCAGAUUAGGGCCAGGAAACGAAAGGCAGUGCUAGCCUCAUCGCUAGACGCUCUCUGCAGGACAAAGAUUGAGACGGCCUCGUGGAUGCAGCGACCAGCUAUCCAGCCUGAGUUCACGACACUACUGAGACAGGCGGCCGUCACCCUGAGCGCCCAGUGUGGCCUAACCCUGCUACAGGACGACAUCCCACUGUUGCCGCCGCGACGACAGCCGAAACAGCCGGAUCGGAGUCGUGUCACGGCUGUGCCUGUCGGUGAGUCACUUCGUCUAGCUCAUGCCGGAGCUUCACUCUCGCCGAGUAUCUACUUCCAAGCUAAUGCCGGCGCUUCACUCUCGCCGAGUGUCUCUACAAAUGACGACGAGCGUAUGGAUGCCUACUAUGCCAUCGCUCGCCUUCACUCACUACCUCCGUAA